AUGACGCAGCCUGACGCCCUAUCGAGUGCCCUGGCAGCUGCCUCUCUGCACACAGCCAAUGAUGUUCAUGACUCAUCCACCGCCAACUCCACGCUCAAGCCCGUCAAAGCUUCCUUUGCAUCGGCUCUUCGAUCCGAUCAGUCCCCAUCUCUCUCCAUCGUCGCAAGACAGGAAACUGCUUGCCCAGCUUCCAGCGCCGCUGCCGCUCCAGCCGACAAUUUGGUGACAGUAGAUGACACCAUCCUACAGGCCAUUAGUAAACGAGACGAUCGCAUCUUCUUCAUUCAGUAUGAGAACCAGAUGGCCGCCUUUGUACUCGACUCCACCCGCUCCAGCCUCGAACUUGGCUCCAUGAACGCAUACCAGCGUCUCCUCAUCCAUCGAUGUGCCGACCAGUUCCAACUGCAGCAUCAGCUUGACCGUGUCACCCAUUGCAUCACGCUCGCCAAGACGUCAUCCACCUCGCAUCCCUCGGCGCUCCUUUCCAACAGAGCUCGUCAAUUCCUGCUCCAUCGCGACGGUGUAGACCCUGCCAACGUGCAUCCCACCAUCGUCGGUCUCGCUGCCUCCUCUACGUCAGAGACCAACGUGAGCUCCCCCAGCUCCUCGGCGUCCACCCCUUCUACCGCAUCCCCCGCCCCGAUCCCAGCCGUAACCUCGGCAUCUGCAUCGAGCGCAACCAAGCCGGCUUUCAAGAUCAUGCAUCGAGACCCUUCCAGCAUUCGCCGCUCUCCGCUCCGCUCCACCGACAAUGACAACACCGACUCGGACAAAACAAAGUCUCGCAAGGAUAUGACGCUUGAGGAAAGGGAGGCUUCCUACAAGGCUGCGCGUGCCCGCAUCUUUGGCGACAUGGCCAUAAGCGCAUCCACCUCGCCCACCUCGUCCACACUUCCGCUCGAUCCCUGCAAAGACAACAGUCAAAUCGCCUCCACGCCCUCGAGCUCAGCCGCCUCCAGCCCUGUAGUCGCCACAGCAGGUAGACGAGCUGCUUCUCGAUCCAAGAAGCCUGCCUCCUCCAGCUCCUCUGGUGCCAGUCAUGACGCCUCGUCGCAACGCACGCGUAGCAGCAAUAAAAAUAGGCCCACUCCGCACUCGGCUAACGAUCUUACCGACGACGAACUCGAGUUCAGCCGUGCCCUACCCAUUACCUCUCACUCGGCUUUACCUUUGGCCUGCGCCGGCCCACACCAAGCAAGCCCGAUGGACAUGCCUACUCACGUGGCGCAAGGCUACUUUCCACCAAUCCAUCCCACGCUCUUGCAGCAAUCGCACUCAAAUCCCAACUUGAGGUCCAGAGCUCCCGCAUUCCAUCCGCGAGGCAGCACCACGCCCAUUUACUCGCAGGGAGGCGCUCUCAGGCAUCCAGCCGGCCUCGAAACCGAUGCUUUCCCAGCACUGGCCACUGCACCCAACGCCCCAGCCCAACGGCCUGCACAACCGUAUACUCUCGCUCGAAACGCACAAACUAUCAGCAGCGGUGCCAUCCCGAAUCGACCUCAGAAUCCCGUGACACACGAGCAUUACGUCAACGGCAUUGGCGCUUGGGCACAGCAGACGUCGAACUUGAACAAUGCAUCACUUCGUGGUCCGCAGCAGCAGCAGCAUCAAGUAGGACUGCCCUAUCAGCAUCAGCUACAAAUGCAGCAACAAUACCAACCCGCCUUGAAUGCUUAUUCCAUGGGUCAAUCUUCUUUCUCGCCGCACUAUGUACAAUCAGGACAGCAGGUCAACGCGUACACACCCAGCAGCUACGCCGGUUCGAGGAAUAGCAGCCGUGCCAGCUCGCGACGCGGCGCGCACAACAACAGCCAAGCCGGUGGGGGUACAAGAGAUGACGCUGUCAGCGUAAGCUCGAUCUCUUCGAAUGCAUCUUCUCGCUCCGCAAGCUUCAGUGGUGUAAGCGGAACUGGCAGCAGUGCCAACCCUACACUGGCUGCCAACGGUGGCGGUGGCAGCAGUGUCAGCAGCAUCAGCGCAAGCAAGCCGACAAGUGGAUCUUUAGCAGGGUUAGCACAUCCCUCGUUGCCUGCGAGACCCGCUUGGCUGGUAGCUAGCAACAACAGCAUCGGCGCUACCGCGGCAGUGCCAACUGCUCCGCAUGCGUCUGCAUCUGCAUCCGCGUCUGCGUCUGUGUCCGCAGCCCAAGGUGGCGAAGCAGCGUAG